AUGGCGGAGGCCAAGCCGGGCCCGAAGCUCAGCGGGGGCAGCGACGGCACGCUGGGCGACUUCGCUCGCCUCGGCGUGCUGACCGUCAGCGACCGUGCCAGCGCGGGCGUGUACGCCGACGAGAGCGGCCCCGCGAUCCUGGGGUUCUUCGACGAGGCGGUGGCCUCGCGGUGGGAGGCGGAGUACGUGAUCGUGCCCGACGAGCGGUCGCAGAUCGAGGCGGCGAUCAUUGACAUGGUGGAUGAACGCGGCUGCUGCCUGGUGGUAACGACUGGCGGCACAGGACCCGCCCCCCGAGAUGUGACCCCAGAGGCAACGGAAGCAGUCUGCGAACGCAUGAUGCCGGGAUAUGGAGAGCAGAUGCGGGCCAUCAGCCUCAAGUACGUGCCAACAGCUGUGCUGUCAAGGCAAACAGCUGGCAUACGAGGCAAGGCCUUUGUGAUAAAUCUGCCAGGGAAACCUAAGUCGAUACGAGAGACCCUGGACGAGGUGUUCCGGUCGAUUCCUUAUUGUGUGGAUCUCAUCGGGGGACCAUACAUCGAGACUCGAACUGAUGUUGUUAAUGCUUUCAGGCCACCAAAAGACCGGCGGGCAUGA